AGUCGCGUCUACGUGCCGCAUCGGUGAAUCGCAGUUCGUGGUUGCGUAGUGACGUGUCUCUUCCGUCGUGUCAAAAAGUUUGAAGAAUUUCGAGAGGGUGAUGUUUAAUUAGUAUUGCGUGGUAUUGUGUCACGCGCUGAGAAAUUCGCCAAGAUGCUGACGAAGUUUGAGACCAAGUCCGCGCGAGUGAAGGGCUUGUCCUUUCACCCGAAACGUCCCUGGGUGCUCGCGAGUUUACACAAUGGCGUUAUCCAGCUGUGGGAUUACCGUAUGUGCGCCCUGCUCGACAAAUUCGACGAGCACGACGGGCCCGUUCGAGGCAUAUGCUUCCACAAUCAGCAGCCGCUGUUUGUCUCCGGCGGCGACGACUACAAGAUCAAAGUUUGGAACUACAAGCAACGGAGAUGCAUCUUCACCCUGCUGGGUCACCUGGAUUACAUAAGGACCACGAUGUUCCAUCAGGAAUAUCCCUGGAUCCUCAGUGCCUCGGACGAUCAGACUAUUCGUAUCUGGAACUGGCAGAGCCGCACCUGCAUCUGCGUGCUGACCGGGCACAAUCAUUACGUGAUGUGUGCCCAGUUUCAUCCCACGGAGGACAUCAUCGUGUCGGCCUCGUUGGACCAAACGGUCCGCGUUUGGGACAUUUCCGGAUUGCGCAAGAAGAACGUGGCGCCGGGCCCGGGAGGUCUCGAGGAUCACCUGAAGAAUCCGGGGGCGACCGAUUUAUUCGGCCAGGCCGAUGCGGUAGUCAAGUAUGUCCUGGAAGGUCACGACAGAGGCGUAAACUGGGCAUGCUUUCACGGGACGUUACCUCUCAUUGUCUCCGGAGCUGACGACCGGCAGAUAAAAAUGUGGCGUAUGAACGACGCCAAGGCUUGGGAAGUGGACACGUGUCGCGGCCAUUACAACAACGUGUCCUGCGUGCUGUUUCAUCCGCGGCAGGACCUCAUUCUCUCCAAUUCGGAGGACAAGAGCAUCAGAGUCUGGGACAUGACGAAGCGCACGUGCCUGCACACGUUCAGGCGGGAACACGAGAGAUUCUGGGUGCUCGCCGCGCAUCCGACGCUCAAUCUCUUCGCUGCCGGCCACGAUUCCGGAAUGAUCAUUUUCAAACUCGAGCGAGAACGCCCCGCGUACGCGGUUUACGGGAACGUUCUGUAUUACGUGAAGGACCGUUUCCUGCGGAAGCUGGACUUCAGCACGUCGAAGGACACGUCGGUGAUGCAGAUACGCGGCGGAGGGAAAACACCGCCCUACAGCAUGUCGUACAAUCAGGCGGAGAAUAGCGUUUUAAUAUGCACAAGAUCGCCCUCGAAUAUCGAGAACAGUACUUACGAUUUGUACAUGAUACCGCGCGAGGGAGACUCGAGCACGGACGCCGAUACGAAACGAGCAUCCGGUGUUACUGCCAUUUGGGUCGCGAGAAAUCGAUUCGCUGUACUGGAUCGAGCAUACUCUUUGGUUAUUAAGAACCUGAAGAACGAGGUGACGAAAAAAGUGCAAAUUCCAAAUUGCGACGAGAUAUUUUACGCCGGCACUGGCAUGUUGCUUCUGCGCGAUCCGGAACAGGUAACGCUGUUCGACGUACAGCAGAAGAGAACUUUGGCAGAGGAGAAAAUUGCCAAGUGCAGAUACGUCGUGUGGUCCAGCGACAUGUCCCACGUCGCACUGCUGGCCAAGCACACCGUCAAUAUUUGCAAUCGUCGGCUGGACUCUCUCUGUUGCAUACACGAAAACACCAGAGUGAAGUCCGGCGCCUGGGACGAUUCCGGCGUGUUCAUUUACACGACCAGCAAUCACAUUAAAUACGCGAUCAGCAACGGCGAUUACGGCAUCAUUCGCACGCUAGAUUUACCGAUAUACGUGACGAGAGUGAAAGGUAAUCAAGUUUACUGCCUGGACCGAGAGUGCAAGCCGAGGAUCCUCCGAAUUGAUCCGACGGAGUACAAAUUCAAGCUCGCGCUGAUCAACAGGAAAUACGAGGAAGUUUUGCACAUGGUUCGCAACGCGAAUCUCGUUGGCCAAUCGAUUAUAGCGUACCUGCAGCAGAAGGGAUAUCCAGAAGUGGCGCUUCACUUCGUGAAAGACGAAAAGACCAGAUUCGGCCUCGCGCUCGAAUGUGGAAAUAUCGAAGUCGCGCUGGAGGCGGCGAGGUUGCUCGAUCAGAAGUCGUGCUGGGAGAGCUUGGCGCAAACCGCUUUGCUGCAAGGCAAUCACCAGGUCGUGGAGAUGUGCUAUCAGAGGACCAAGAACUUCGAGAAGCUGGCUUUCCUCUAUCUGAUAACCGGCAACCUAGAGAAGCUACGUAAAAUGAUAAAAAUCGCGGAGAUUCGGAAAGAUGUGUCCGGGCAGUAUCAAGGAAGCUUGCUUCUUGGAGACAUCUACGAACGGGCUAAGAUUUUGCGGAGCUCUGGACAAGCAUCGUUGGCGUACGUUACUGAAAAGAUUCACGGGAUAUCGAACGAAGACGACGACGGCGAGUACGAGUCGAUGAGCGAGGAACUAUCUGCGUUGGAAAAAGGCGCCGCGUAUCUCCGUCCGCCCGUACCUAUUCAGCAAGCCGAGAACAACUGGCCGCUGCUGACCGUAUCGAAAGGCUUCUUCGAAGGCGCGAUGAUGUCUCGCAGCAGGACUCAAGUGGCCGCCGCUCUCGCCCUGGAAGACAACGGCGAAGCGACGCCCGAGGGAUGGGGCAAUGACGAGGAGCUCGGCAUAGACGACGAGGAAGGCGUGGACGCGGAAAUCGCGCCGGAAGGCGAAGAGAAUCCCGGAUGGGACGUCGAGGACGUCGAACUUCCGCCGGAACUCGAAGCCGCGGCGACCUCCGACGAAGGCAACAACUACGAGUGUCUACCUACUAAAGGAGUUUCGCCGCCGCAGCAUUGGGUCAAUAAUUCUAAAUUGGUGGUCGACCAUAUAUUGGCUGGGUCGUUCGAGUCCGCUUUUAGACUGUUGAAUAAUCAGGUGGGAGUGGUGGAGUUCGGGCCGUAUGAAUCUCUGUUUUUAAAUACAUACGCCCGCUCCAGGACGUCCCACGCGUGUCUACCUAACAUACCGUCGUUAUAUGGAUAUCCCCAAAGAAAUUGGAAGGAUUCUAGUUGGAAGGAUGCCGCGUCGAAGACGGGUUUACCCGCGGUGGGGUUGCACCUUGCCGAGCUAGUUCAGCGUCUUCAAGUGUGCUAUCAAUUGACGACCAAUGGCAAGUUUGCCAAGGCGGUAGAGAAGCUGCAGAGUAUAUUGCUGAGUGUGCCGUUACUCGUUGUCGACACCAAGCAAGACAUCGCGGAGGCUCAGCAGCUGAUUCAGAUUUGUCGCGAGUAUAUCCUGGGUCUGAAGAUGGAGACCGAGCGUAAAAGUUUGCCGAGGGCCACGUUAGCGGAGCAGAAGAGGAUUUGCGAGAUGGCGGCUUACUUUACGCACUGUAAUCUGCAACCCGUACAUCAGAUUCUCACUCUUCAAGUAGCCGUGAAUUUGUUCUACAAACUGAAGAAUUACAAGACCGCCGCGUCGUUCGCGAGAAGAUUACUCGAGCUCGGACCAAAUCCAGAACUGGCACAAAAAAUUCGGGUCCUAUUGCAGUCUUGUGACAAGAAUCCUGUCGACGAGCAUAAAUUAGUGUACGACGAGCACAAUCCGUUUUCAUUGUGCGCGAGCACGUUUGCACCAAUUUACAAAGGAAAACCAGAGGUGAAGUGUCCCUUAUGCGGCGCCAGUUAUAAUCCACAGUUUAAAGAUACAGUAUGCAAAAUAUGCGAAGUCGCUUUGAUAGGCAAAGAACAUUAAUAUCCCAUUUAUAUUGUUAUCAAUUUGUGAAUUUUCAGUCAGUCGGAGAGAGUGAAAGAUUAAUACGGUUUUCCUUAAUUUUAGGAUGUUGAAUAUACAAUUGUAAUUUAAAUAAUUUUAAAUUAGAGAUGUAAGUAAAUAAGCAAAACAUAUUUCUAGCUUCACCCCAAAAGUAGUUGUACUUUAGCAUUCCGUGAAAAGAGUAGAAGUGAAUCUUGACAUACAUGAAAUCAAAUGUCCAUUCAUUGAAUGCAUGUGACAAUUUCCUUUGUAUAUUUCUAUUGUUUUUAUUUUAAUUUACAGCAUCUAUUUUGCUUUAUAUAAAAACUGUUAAAAAUGAACAUUAAAUUUAAUAAACAUGGCGACGACAAAUAUCUUAAACUAGGAUGAUUUAUAUGAAAAAUAACGAUAUAUUUAUGUAAGUACAUUGUUUACAAAUAAAAUCCUACAAAUUCCUAUUGA